UUUUUCAAUUUAAAUCUCUCUCUCUCUCGAGUUCGGCGAAAUGAGCCUAAUUUGGAGUCCGAUUCCGAACACAAUCCGCACCAACAAGCUCAUGUUCAACCCCACGCGCCGCCCUCCCGCGAUCGCCGCCGCCCUCUCCCAGGAGAAGGCCACCUUCGACUUCACGCGCUACAUGGAGGAGAAGGCCGCGCGCGUGGAGCGCGCCCUCGACGCGAGCGUGCCCCUCCGCGAGCCGCGCCUGGUGCACGAGGCCAUGCGCUACUCGCUCCUGGCGGGCGGCAAGCGCGUGCGCCCCAUCCUCUGCCUGGCCGCGUGCGAGCUCGUGGGCGGGCCCGAGCGCGCCGCGAUGCCGUCCGCCUGCGCCGUGGAGAUGGUCCACACCAUGUCCCUCAUCCACGACGACCUCCCCUGCAUGGACGACGACGACCUCCGCCGCGGCCGCCCCACCAGCCACCGGGCCUUCGGCGAGGCCGUCGCCGUCCUCGCAGGGGACGCCCUCCUGUCCCUCUCCUUCGAGCACGUUGCGUCCGCCACGCCCGGCGUCAGCCCGGACAGAGUCGUCCGGGCCAUCGCGGAGCUCGGACGCAGCGUCGGCUCAGAGGGGCUGGUGGGAGGGCAGGUGGCGGACAUCUCUUCAGAAGGGGUGUCCGGGGUGGGGCUGGAGCAGCUGGAGUACAUCCACCUGCACAAGACGGCGGUGCUGCUGGAGGCGGCGGUGGUGAUGGGGGCGAUCGUCGGCGGCGCCGGGGACGAGGCGGUGGAGAGGCUGAGGAAGUUCGCGCGGCGCGUGGGGCUGCUGUUUCAGGUGGUGGACGACAUUCUGGACGUGACGAAGUCGUCGGAGGAGCUCGGGAAGACGGCGGGGAAGGACGUGGCGACGGACAAGGCGACGUAUCCGAAGCUGAUGGGGCUGGAGAGGUCGAGGGAGUUCGCGGAGGAGCUGAAGAGGGAGGCGUAUGAGCAGAUGGCGGUGUUUGAUGAGGCCAAGGCGGCGCCUUUGCUUGCCUUGGCUGAUUUCAUUGCCUAUAGGAAUAAUUAGUUUGGAAAGGGAAAACCAUCUUGAUUAUUGCUUGAUUAUUGAUCCCAUCUUGUGUUUUACACUUGUAAUAUUAGUUAAUAAUUGGCAUGGCAAGGAUGAAGAAGGAUGAAUAAGGAAUAAAUGGCUAUUAAGUCGUGAGAUUAUCUGAGCA